ACUUAAAUUACGUCAAAACCCUAACUCCCUGACUUCAAUAAUAAGUCAAAACCCUAACUCUCUAAGAAAACCAUCCUCCUCCUUCUCAAAACCCUUCAAGAAAAGCAGCGAGGCGCCUUUGCGAACUACCUCUCCUUCCCUGCUGCUGCUAUUCUCGUUUGGGAAUUUUUGAGGACAGAGAAAUGUUGGUAUUGUUCGAAACUCCUGCGGGCUUUGCCCUUUUCAAAGUAUUAGACGAAGGAAAGCUUUCUCAAGUUGAGGAUUUAUGGAAAGAGUUUGCCACUGCUGAUUCUGCUAGAAAGGUAGUAAAGCUGAAAGCAUUCGACAAAUUUGAAAAUACAUCAGACGCUUUAGCAGCUACUACUUUAUUGAUCGACAGCAAACCUAGCAAAGGAUUGAGAAAGUUCUUGAAAGCACACUGCUCAGGCAACACAUUAGCUGUUGCAGAUUCUAAACUUGGAAAUGCAAUCAAGGAGAAACUGCAAAUCGACUGUGUUCACAAUAAUGCUGUGAUGGAGCUGAUGAGAGGGGUGAGAAGUCAGUUGACUGAACUCAUUUCUGGCCUUGGAGCUCAAGAUCUUGCACCAAUGAGCUUGGGUUUAUCUCACAGCUUGUCGAGAUACAAGUUGAAGUUCAGUCCUGAUAAGGUAGACACUAUGAUUAUUCAAGCCAUUGGAUUGUUGGAUGAUCUUGACAAAGAGCUUAAUACAUAUGCAAUGAGGGUUAGAGAAUGGUAUGGCUGGCAUUUUCCUGAGCUUGCAAAGAUUUUACAAGACAAUAUUGUCUAUGCCAAGACUGUGAAGUUCAUGUUAAAUCGUGUUAAUGCUGCGAAGUUGGACUUCUCUGAGAUCAUGCCUGAGGAGGUUGAGACAGCACUCAAAGAGGCUUCCAUGAUUUCCAUGGGAACUGAAGUCAGCGAUCUUGAUCUAACAAAUAUCUCGGAACUCUGCGACCAAGUUUUGUCUUUAGCUGAAUACAGAGCUCAGCUAUAUGAUUAUCUGAAAAGCAGAAUGAACACAAUCGCUCCAAAUCUGACUGCUCUUGUUGGUGAGCUUGUUGGUGCUCGUCUUAUUGCUCAUGGUGGCAGCUUGAUAAAUCUUGCAAAGCAGCCAGGAAGCACAGUACAAAUUCUUGGAGCAGAAAAGGCUCUUUUCAGAGCUUUGAAAACAAAGCAUGCAACCCCUAAAUAUGGGCUUAUAUAUCACGCUUCCUUGAUUGGCCAGGCUGCCCCUAAAAACAAGGGGAAAAUAUCUCGUUCUCUUGCAGCAAAAACUGCACUAGCAAUUCGUUAUGAUGCCCUUGGAGAUAGCCCCGAUAACACUAUGGGUCUCGAAAAUAGAGCCAAGCUUGAAGCCCGUCUAAGAAAUCUUGAAGGUAAAGAGUUGGGUAAGUCUGCAGGAUCAGCCAAGGGUAAACCGCAAAUAGAAGUCUAUAACAAAGAUUAUAAAAAGGGAACGGCACUAAUUACCCCUGCUAAGACAUAUAAUCCUGCAGCCGAUGCUAUCAUUGGUAAGGACACAAUUGAGAAGGAGGUUGAUGUCGUGGAGGAAACAAAGAAGGCAAAGAAAGAAAAGAAGGAGAAAAAGAAGAAGGGAUCCGUUUUGGAGGAUGGUGUAGCUAAUGGCGGAGAGGAAAAUGUGGAACCAGAAGUUGAAACGAAAUCCAAGAAAGAUAAGAAGAAAAAGAAGCAGCAUGUUGAAGAAAAUGGAGAGAAAGAAGUUGAAGAUGUUAAGGAGACCCCAAAAAAAGAAAAGAAAAAGAGAAAGCAUGCAGAGGCUACCGAGGAAGCUGAACCUGUGAGUGAGAAGAAGGAAAAGAAAAAGAAGAAAAAGAAGAGCAGCGAGGAUUAAGGUAUCUCAUCUUGUGGGUAAAUUCGGGCAAAUCAAACAGUUUUGGCCAUCUUCAACAAUGCUAUGCUAUUUUUUUCUCUGUAAAAUUUGCUCUUUGUUACGGGUCAUGCUAUAGGAGUACUUCUUGUUAGGGUUUAGUCUAGUAACUGGUAAUCAAUCAUCUUUUGUAUGUGAGUUCCUGAAUAUGUUUGAUCAAGGAUUAUAGUAGGAAAAAUUGUUGAAGAUAUUUUAUCUUUUUAUUUCAGCCAUUUUGAUCAAUUA